UUGCUCUCAACGGUUUUAAUUUUUGUCAAACCCCUCAAACGAAUCUUAAUCACGUGUUUUAACCCCUUUUUGAAGAUAAUUACCAAUUUAACCCUCGCGCCGCGUUUCUGCUUCCAUUCUUUCUUACCCAAAUCAUAUCUCUCUGUCUCCCACACAUCUCUUUAUAUAUAUCAAUUCACAAAGAAGAUCUUCUUCUCCCAUUUCUCCAUUGACAACAACGAAGAUACGUCCCAACGAGCUCAGAGAGCCACACCAAUCCUCUUCUUCUUCUUCUUCUUCUUCUUCUUCCUCCUGCAUUUUUGGUUUGGUGGCGUUGAGACAUCAUCAUGUCUAGCGCAGAGGAUGUGAAAGAGCAAUCAGUGCAAGGAAACCUCACCAAUGAGGCAGAAAAGUCAAUGCCAUCAUCACAGCAGGAGGAGGCUGCCGUAAAGAAGAAGUAUGGAGGGCUCAUGCCAAAGAAACCUCCUCUCAUUUCCAAGGAUCAUGAGCGAGCAUACUUUGACUCAGCUGAUUGGGCUCUUGGAAAGCAAGGUGUUGCAAAGCCAAAGGGACCCCUCGAAGCUCUUCGUCCCAAGUUACAGCCAACGCAGCAGCAGACGCGUUACAGGAAGUCUCCAUGUGCACCAUCUGAGGGUGGUGAAGAUGGAGGAGCUGCUCAGGCCGAGGGAGGUUCAGGCAACUGAGGCGUAGAGUGAUGAUGAUGUAUGAAAACUCUUGUGUAAGAAGUCUGUUAUAAUCGGAUAUUUUCUGUCCAUUUGAAACAUCAGAUAUGGCGUUCUUUAAAAUCUUAACUUGAUCGAGAAAUGAUAGUUUACCCCUUUUGGUCUGGAAUCUCUGGUCAUAAUUGAAUUUAAUUUAUAAGCA